AUGAAAUGCUUUUGCAAAGUGUAUACGUAUUAUUCUUAUCAUUGCGUAUACGCCGCAUGGACUGCGAGCACCCGCAGUUUCCUUUACGCCAUGCAAAUGCUGCUUCACUGUCAAUGCCAACAGCAGCAACAGGCUGAUGCGAACACUGCGCAUGUCUCUAAAACAGUUUCUUACGCUAAGUUCGAAAUUCAUUCAUUAAAACGCCGCUUGAUUUUCGAACUGUUCUGAGGACAUUUUGGCAACAAGCGAAGCAGCCAUCGAAUCAGUUGUGGCGCGUCUUUUGUUGGCAACAGUUCAAUGGGAAAAAGAACGGAUUAGUUUUUUUUUAAUAAAUUCGCAACUGUGUCAAAUAAAUCAGUGUCAUAAAUCUGCGUGCGUUGUGUAUGAAAUUAAGUGUCAGUGCCUCGAGAUAAGCAAAGUUUUCGGUUUAGCUUACAGAAUCCUCGACUCGGCAGAAAACUCGAAGAAAAACAACAUCGGGCCGGGACAAUAAACAAACUGGCGGCACUCUAAGACAAACAGCCCCCGAGCAAGUGUCAAAAAGUAAUGUGAAAGUGGCGGCUGCCGUUCCCCCCGCCGCAAUCCCCUCCUCUCAGUCACGAACUUGUCGGUUCCUUAAUGUAGAAUGUUAAUGCAUAAGCAGUUGAAUAAGUAAUAGGCCCACAAAAUGGCAAUACUCGAGUCCUGCUGCUUCUGGAAGAAUGUGCGAAAGGGCAGCUUUGCAUGCGGCUUCUACACUUUGAUCUACUUUGGAUUGUCGACGCUCAUGUUUACGUUUUAUGUGCGCGAGGAGCAGGAAUUUCUGCUAGGAAAAAGGACACAGCCUGUGGGCGAAAGCAUUCUCGAGAGAGGCGAUGUAACUGUAGUAACUGUGAUAUUCAACGUUUUGUUUUUGUUUUGCUCGGUGCUGAUGGUGUUGUCCUCCAUCUUGUUGAUUGUGGGUCUGCGGCAUAACAAACGACAAUUGCUGCUGCCCUGGAUUGGUUUAAUGCUCUGCGAUUUGCUCAUCGAGUGCGCCCAUCUUGUCCACCUGACGCUGUCGCGUCGCGUCAAUUUUGACCCAAUUGUUGGCUUUAUAUUCACCAUAGACUUUUUCAUACUCUGCCUGAAUCUCUACUGUCUGCUCUGCGUCAUCUCACAGUAUCAGGCUUAUCGACGCGCUGCCGCCGAGCAGCAAGAACAUCCAGCGAUGUCGCCCACAGUUGUCUUUACAGCACCCGAGAAGCUGAGCAAAUCGAAGCGUCAGCAACUUGCCGCCACCAAGGCUGGCAGCAGUAAGCGGCAUUCGCAUCGACUGCUCGCUGCAAGUCCUUUGAUCACCUCCCAGCGUCCCACCAACUUUUCCACCAUCACCGAAGAGGAGGAGCAACACCAACAACAACAGCAACAGCAGCAACAACAACAGCAGCUGCAGCAACAGUUGAAUGGCAAAGAAACAGCAGCUGCCAAUGGCAAUGGUGAUUGUGGACACAUCUCGGAGCAACCAACCAGCAAUUCCAUUGAAUCGGAUAUCCAAUUGCAUGCCAAUAUACCAAUUAUUACAUUAGAUCCCAAUUCGCUGCAAUGAUCACGUCGAUGAUGAUGAUGAUGCAGUUACUCUCUUGGCUGUUCCCAAAGUUGACAAACUAUUUUUACAUGAAAAUCGAAUGAAAAAAAGAAUUGAGUAAAAUUCAAAGAACAUUUAC